GCAUCGGUCACAACACGUUGUGGCUGCGUGUCAACGCAACGCGGACUUGCCAAGGUCCCGGCAAUGGCAGAGGAGAAGCCAGAGAGGGAGGUUGAGGAGCCUGAGGUGGUAGUAGAUGGGGAAGCAGAAGGCGAGACUGCGAAAGGCUCCUUCAAUGUGGACGCCCCGGCCUUCGUGCCGCGCGUGGACGCCCCGGCCUUCGUGCCACGGGCAAGCGCGGAGGGCCCGGAUGAUUUGCAUGCCAAGCUGCUGAAUCACCACAAGUCUCGUUUGCGUGGAUUCUACCAGGCCUACAACGGUGAAUUCGUUGCCUACUACGUUGGCUGUCUCAAGACCUUCAACAUGAAGAAUGGCUAUGGCUUCAUCGAGUGCAAGCAGUCGAAGGAGGAUUGGGGGUGUGACGUGUUCAUCCACAAGAACAACCUGCCGAAUCCGCCGCAGCUGGGACAGCCCGUGGAGUUUGCGGUGCAAGUGAACAGCAGAGGGCAGCCGCAGGCCUAUGAUUGCAACUGGCUGCCGCGGCUGCCUGCCAAAAAUGUGACACCAGGAACUGUGCCCGCUCUGCCGGGCAAGGCUCCGGCAGGAGGGUAUCCAGCGGCUGCUGCGGAGAGGAAGGAGUCGACUCCCGAGAGGCUGUCGGACGAGCCCCGGCGCCUGGGCAGCGUGAAGAGCUUCUCCGCCACCCGAGGCUUCGGCUUCAUCGCGUGCUCUGAGACGCAUGCCGCCUACAAGAGAGAUGUCUACUUGGACAAGAGCCAGAUGUCGGAGAAAGGCUAUCAGCACAACCAGUUGGUGGAGUUCUCCGUCUCCUUCAAUGACCGGAACCAUCCCCAGGCCCGGAAGCUGAACUGGGACCCGGUGCCGCUGCUCACGAGCCGCCCCGACGUCGCCAGCCGGCCAAGGCAGUAUGCCAAUAAGACCGUGGAGCAGCUGAAGCGGCUGCUGAAGCUGCUGCACGAGAAGAACGUGGAGACGGCAGUGGUCACGGCGAUUGACUUGCAAGGUGGUGCCAACACCACGGCAGAGCAGGGGGAGGCUGCGGAUGCUGACGUGGACUAUGUCUUGUUCGUGUUGGAUCGCAUGGGCGACAAGGAGGAGAUGCUGAAGAGCAUCAAGGACUUCGUGAAGAUGUUGUUUGUUCUGAUGCUCUCCCGCAUGCUCCGGGCCCAGAGAGACAAAGAGAGGACGAUGCAGCUCAUCGACUGGUACCGGGCCGUGGCGCAGUCCAUCCAAACGAACACCGAUGCGGUGAAGCAGCACUUCCCGGAUGUGCUGACGCAAAUCAACAACCACAUUAAGCACGCUGUCAGCGAGAACAGCUUCUUGAAAGACAAGGAACUGUCUGAACCCCUCUUCGCAGCUUUCAUGCUCCUGAAGGACAAGGGUCCCAAGGCGCCUGGAAAAGGCUGACCGAAGGUUGGAGAUGGAGAGACUCGCGUGAGUCUUCUGCCAACAUCCAGCCUUUCGAGCUUUUGAUCUCCCCGGGCUUUAGCCCGGGAGGCUCGUGCCUCACUGCUCUUGGCUUUUGAGAUCAGCUCAAGAGCGGUGCCCCGUAGCAUCUCCAGCCAUCUCCUGCGAUUCCUCGAAUGGGGUGUGGCCCUUUUUUGCGCAGGCCUUCUGGCGCAUGUCGACACGUUUGCUCGCCCAGUGC